AUGAGAGCGGCACGAUACUACGGCAGAAACGACGUCCGCAUCGAAGAUGUUCCCAUCCCUGAAGUUGCCCCUGGAGAAUGUCUGGUCGAGAUCGAAUGGUGUGGCAUUUGUGGGACUGAUUUGCACGAAUACGUCGCAGGUCCGUUGGGAAUCCCAACGCCCGAACGGCCACAUGCCCUCACAGGCGGAUAUAUACCGAUAACCCUUGGCCAUGAAUUCUGCGGUCGCAUCAAAUCAGCCCCGGAGGGAUCGAAAUUGGAAGUAGGCCAGGCCGUGAUGGCCGACCCGCACGUCGUGUGUCGGGAAUGUUUACCCUGUCUUUCGGGCAACGACCACAUGUGCCAUAAACUUGCAUUCUUGGGUUGCAGUGGUUGCAGAGGUGGUGGCGGAUUGUCCGAAUUUGUGGCCGUGGAGGAAGGCCAUUUACACCCGCUUCCGGGAAAUGUGAGCCUCGAGUCUGCAGCGGUGAUAGAGCCGGUGGCGGUGGGUUAUCAUGCAGCUAAAGCUGCCAGAGUCAAACUGGAAGGUCUAGAUGUGCUGAUCGUGGGCGGCGGUCCCAUCGGAAUUGCCAUGAUCUCUGUACUGAAGGCACAGCGUGUGAAGAGCAUUCUUUUGAGCGAGCCGACGGCGAAAAGAUGGGAGCAUGCCAAGGACAUGGUGGACAGAGUUAUUGAUCCCAAGACGGAGGAUGUGGGUGGAGUGUGCCGACAGUUGACAGGCGGGAAAGGUGUGGAUGUGGUGUUUGACUGUGCCGGUGUCCAGCCCGGCCUUGAGGCCGGAUUUGAUGCGUUGGCACGAGGAGGAACUUUCGUCAACAUUGCCAUGUGGGAGAAACCGUUGAUGAUCGAAUUCUUUACAUUCUUCCUCAAAGAGAUCAAGAUCAUAAGCUCGUGUUGUUACAACGAGGAAGAUUUCCGGGAAGUUAUGAAAUUGAUCGGACAAGGUCAUUUUAAAGGAUAUGAAAAGAUGGUUACGAGCCGGAUAUCACUGGAAGAUCUUGUUCCUAAAGGAUUUGAGGAACUGGUGAACAAUAGAGAUGACCAGAUCAAAAUUCUCAUUUCUCCAAAGAAAAAGUGA